GCUGGAUGAAUCUAAAGAGGACAUAACUUGGCAAGAUGAACACUCAGCUCCUUUCUCCUGGGAAACAAAGAGUCAGAUGGAGUUCAGUGUUGCAUCUCUGUCCAUACAAGAACAAAGUGGUACCCAGUUGCAAAAUGAGCAGAGGCAGCCAGUUAAAGCAGCACCUGGCGUCCAAGUCCCUAAAUCUUCUCAGGCUAAUAAGACCCCGGGCUCUGAUGGGCUAAUAGCAUCCAGAAAGGAAGAGGAGUCCUCUUUCUGGAAGAUAAAUGCAGAGCGCUCAAAGUUUGAAGGAGACAAAUCUGAGUUCCAGUCCCUGACCCCUAGCCAGAUCAAGUCCAUGGAGAAAGGAGAGAAACCCCUUCCCUCUUUCUACAGACAAGAGUCUACUCCAAAGGAGAUGGCAAAAGCAGAGAAGCCCAGCAUAACUAAACCAGAGAAGUCUGUCACCCCCAGUCUUCCUUCUGCAUCUCUAGAAUGGGAGAAACCUCGACCCAGUCAACUCCCUUCCAGUUCUCUAGAUGACUUCUUUCUUCCUGACCCACCACAAGACCUGGCACCUGCUAGGACAACUAGUGAAGAUCCUGAUGGUAUUACACUUACAGAGCCACAAAUUCCUGGACAGAGUAAUACAAGCAAUGUUAUCUUGAAGACUGGCUUUGAUUUUCUAGACAACUGGUAAAAGAUGCUUCAAAAUAGUUGAAACCAAUUUUGGGGAAGGAAUGGAGCAUCCUCCUCCUUGUAUGUUAAUGUAUUAGCAUCUGUGUCUUUUUCUAGAAGUAACUUUCAAAAUCUUAAAUGUUGCCUUUGUAUAAACUUUUGUAAUACCAGAUGCGGUUUUGGUUUUUAAACAGUGAUAGAAGUGUGGUCUCACUAGGAUUUUUUAAAAAAAAAAAAUCUGUUAAAUUUUUUUGUAGUUAUUGCAAUGAGAAGAUGGGGAAGUUACCAUAUAUAUGUUAAAGAUAAACAGAUGAGACUCUCGACAUCCUUGAAACGGAACCUACAGGAACAAGUUGCUAUUUUCAGUUGAUAGUUUGCUAGCGUGGCACAGAACGCGCAAUGGUUCCAAAUAAACAAUUCCGUACUUCAGAUAACUAUAAAAAAAGGUGUGAAAAAUCAGCAUACAGAGCAGUUUCAUUAAUUUCUAUACUUCAUUUAGUUUGAGUGUAACUUUUGUACCACUUAUUUGCAAACGCUCCUCUUUUGAAGAGGACCAAGGCAUUGCCAAAAUGACAGAUCCAAAGAAGCACUGUAUUUGUACCCUACAUAUCUGCUAAAAUAACCAGAAAGGUAUUAGGGAAGUGACCCUGCGGGGGGAGGGGGGAAGCUUCUGGUCUUUGGAUUAAACAUUGAACAGGAAAAGAAGUGGGGGGGAAGACCUUAAUGGUUGGGAGAAACUGUCUUCAGGGAACACAAGCCUAAAGAUUUCACUGCCUCCUUGCUAGAGCAUAACUUUUCAUAAUCGUAGUGCUGGAAGGGCAGCACUGGUAAUUGCUGGAGUGUAGCAAUGUGUUUCAGGAAACCACUGUGUUCAUGGCAGGUCCUAGUAGUAUAAGGCUUCUUUGUUUUUUAAGCAGCUUAUGGUGUGAAGGACUCAUGAACUUUGGUGCUUUUUCUCCUUGUGGGUACAUUCUAUUCAGGAUUCAGGAGGUGGGUUACGAUUGUUCCCAAGAUGCAGAGUAGCAUCUCUGGGUGGCCCUCAGCCAGCUUGCCUCCAGUUCUACUCUCGAAUGAUCCAUGCUUGGUGUUCUAAAUGUAGAGAGCAAGACUAGAUGUCCUUGGAAUCUGCCAUCUCUGAAAUGCAGCAUGAUUUACAAACUGUCUCUCACUGUGUUUACCUCACCUUGAAGCCUUAAUUCCCCCUACGCACAACCAGUGAAUGGUCUACUCCAAUGCCAAAGGUUUGACCUUUCCCUUUACCUCAGCAAUAGUCCCAUAGCAUUUGUUUGGGGUAGACGGCAAAACACAGGGCUCUAAAUGGGUCUAAUGGGCUCAAGCCAAAGCUAUAAGGUCACCAUCUACUUAGACCAUAAUUGUGCCGGGCUUCUCGUGUAUUAGCAUUUGACGUUUGGUUAACUGCCAACGGCAGUUAAAUGUGCAGAAUUGGAUGCUGCAGGAUUUUCUUCUGCAUAAUGCAGGCCUGUUACAGGAAGAGUUUUAAAAGUCCUGGAAAAGUCCUUGCCUCAAAUUGGUGUACCGCUUGCUUUGAACAAGCGUUGUAUGCUGAUAGAGCACUAACUUAUUUCUCGAUCAAGGAAAAAGCUAUAAGCUGGCCAAUAAAAAAAAAAAACCAACCCAAACCUCCAGUUUUUCUAGUAAGUGUUUUCUUAAGAGGUUUCUUAGCUAAAGGGGAAAAGCCACAACGUAUAGGUCAUUGCAUAGCCUUAUUUAUAGAAUUCUAAAAGCUUCUUUACGUCCUUGCUGAGAUGUACAAACUACUGUAAUUCAUGGAUAUUGUCUCUGCAUUCAGCAAUUCAGAAAGUACUUCUGUUGCUUUUAUUGGCCUAGACUUUUCUGCUGGUUUUUUUUUUUUUUCCUAGCUGACCUUUUUAGGAUUUGUUACAGGCAUCCAGCAUUAAUAUAGCUUAAAACAGCUUUAGCACAAAUUCUUUAGGUGUAUAAUGAGUACUGACCUGCACCUUCUUUUCAAAGCUGACAAAUGCUAACCUUGGGUUUUACAGUAGCCAAUGAGGCUAGUUUUCUAUACAUUCAGCUUUUGAAAAGUUUUAAAUCCAUCCUAAUGAUGCACGUUCUAAUCUUACUUUGAUAUUUGUAGCUCUUAAAGCAAAAUCUCUUACUGUUGAGGAGUGUUCUUUUAAAUCUCUGCUAAACGCAUUAAAAACUCUUAAAGAAGAACCUGGGCUGUCUGUUUCUUCCGUUGGCUAACUCUACCCUAAUACACAUUGGGACCAGCUGGUAGAACAUGCUGCAGAACUUUUUACUUAUCCUCGUAGGUUUUUCCUGUGCUUUGACAAGAGUUGAUGCUCCUCCUUUCUUUCUUAUGUUUUUAUUAAACAUUCUUACAGAACAAUUGUACUUGGUCACAUUUUAUAUUAACAAUGUUUUAAUAAAGUCACUUUCAAUAGAACAUGCAA